AUGGAUAACUGGAGAGUUGCUGUCCUUGGUGAUGGUGGAGUGGGCAAGACAGCCUUGGCUGUUCAGUUUACGCUCAAUUGCUUUACUUAUGAUCCAACAAUAGAAGAUGCAUACCGAAAACAGCUGAUAGUAGACAAUCGAAUGUGUUUUGUCGAGGUCAUCGACACUGCUGGACAGGAGGAAUACGCCACACUACGGGACCAAUGGGUCCGAGAAGGACAAGGGUUCAUUCUUGUCUACUCAAUCGCGUCGCGGUCAACGUUUGAACGCCUCGAUAUAUUCCGGCAGUCGAUGCGACGAGUCAAGAGAGGAGACCCGAUCUUCAUGCUGGUCGGCAAUAAAUGCGACAAGACCUGGGAACGAGAAGUAUCAAAGGACGAAGGACAGGCACUUGCAAGACAAUUCGGUUGUGAAUUCAUUGAAACCUCCGCCAAAACAGCGCAAAACGUCGAACGUUUAUUUACGGACCUCGUUCGUGCCCUACGACGGACACGCAAUGUAGAAGCAGGUCCUCCCGCAGGCGGCCCCGUCAGGCCGCCAAGAGAAAAGAAAACGAAGUGCAUUAUCUUGUAG